UGAGUCAGAAUGAAGUAGAAUGCAUUUCCUAGUUUUGGGUGUCGGCGAGCGUAAUGAUCUGUCAAAAUACUUCUGACUGAAGCAUGACCUCUAAGACAUUAUCUGAAGAGUUCCCCAUACACUGGCUUGUAUGGCACAAUGAUUAUGAAAACCUUGACCGCGAGUUAGCAAAGAAAACGCAUGAUAAGGAGUUGUUGGACCCUAGGGGUAGAGCUCCUCUGCAGCUAGCAGUGACCCUAGGGCACAUUGAAAGUGCUCGUGUUUUGCUGAGACAUGGAGCUGACGCCAAUUCUGAAAAUCUCAAAUACUGGUCAGUUCUCCAUGAGUCAGUGAGCACAGGUGACCCUGAGCUGGUUCAGAUGAUUCUCCAGCACAGGGACUACCAGAGGUACACAAAGAGGACUGUUGGUGUACCUGAGCUGCUGCAGAAACUCAAGGAGUCCCCCGACUUCUACGUUGAAAUGAAGUGGGAGUUUGCCAGCUGGGUCCCCCUGAUCUCUCGCAUGUGCCCUAGUGACACAUACAGGGUGUGGAAGAGUGGUUCCAAUGUCCGUAUCGACACCACACUGUUGGGCUUCGACAACAUGAACUGGCAGCGGGGCAGCCGAAGCUACAUAUUCAAGGGGGGAGGGGACAGAGCGACUGUGAUGGAGAUAGAUCACGAUCAGCGCGAGGUGUACAGCGAGACGAUGAAGAUCUCUCCGUCCAUGCCUGACUCCUCUAUCAUGAGACCCUCGGAGGCUGCCAUCGCUGCCAGACUCACUUCCCCCAUAGUCACCACCUACAUAGAUACUGAGAAAAUCUCAUUUGAGAGGUCAGUGUUCAGUGCAAGCAACGUGGAACUGGUCACUAAAACACGUACAGAGCACCUCACGCAACAAGACAAGGAGAAAUCAAAACGCAACAAUAAAACGCCCUUGGAGUCCUUUCUUGGAGUAGCGGAGGAGCACACCAAAACCCAGGCUGCAACAAAUGGGAUAUCAUCAGUGUCUUAUAAUCCCUGUUCCAUCACACCAGAGGAAUAUUUCAAUAAAAUGAUCGACCUUGAGGAACGUGACAUCGGUCGCCCAAUCGAACAGGCAACAAAGACCCAGAAGUUCAAGGCCACCUUGUGGUUGUGCGAGACAUUCCCUCUAUCCCUGCAGGAACAAGUGGUGCCCAUUAUAGAUCUGAUGGCAGCUAGCAAUGCCCACUUUAAGAAGCUUCGAGACUUCAUCACUCUGCAGAUACCAGCUGGCUUCCCAGCAAAGAUUGAGAUUCCACUGUUCCAUGUCCUGAAUGCCAGAAUAACAUUCGGCAACAUCUUUGCAAUGGAGUCAUCGGUGGAGGGUGUGUCCUGCAUCCAAGAUGAGGAAAGUGCGUGUGUUGUAGACGAUAACUGUUUUACCCCACCGCCAGGGUACGGUCGUCUAGGUGACGCCCACCAUUCAAGACUGAGAGAUGAAGAUGAUGAACUCCUUCAGUUUGCAAUACAGCAGAGCUUGAUGGAGGCAGGCACAGAGAAUGAUCAGGUGACAUUCUGGGAGGCCCUGAACAAGACAACUCCCCCAACAGGUCCAGCUCGGGAGGAGGAGGAACGCCUGCUACAGAGAGCGAUAGCGGAGAGCCUGAGACAGAAUUCUGGGCUUGAACCCAGUGGCCCUGUGGAAAUUAGUCAGCCUCGUUCCUCACUGAAUGAUGAAGAAGUGCAGCUGCGUCUGGCCCUGGAAUUGUCACAGAAGGAAUCGGAAGAGUCCGUCAGACGUCGAAAAGAAGAAGAAGAGCAGUUAGAAGCAAUCAUAAAAUUAUCCCUUACCGACAAAUGAUGGGUGUUAGAUCCACACUUUUACCUAGUCCAACUUCCUAGCAGAAUAAAGGGGACAGCUUCAUAGACAAACGAGCUUAUCAGAGCAGUUUCUGGAAUAGUUGUUGCCAGUUAUGGUGCCCAAAUUUGUGUGAAUUGAGUUAUAAAUUUGUGACUUGUUCAUGGCUUUUCAUGAUUUGUCCACUGAUUUUGAACGCUGUGUUUUAGAGAUGUAGGAGAGUUCCCAAUUACAAUUUAAACAGAUCUUCUUCUUCCACAGAAGUGUAUGUAUGGAAAUUUGACAUAUGCAUGAAUGAGUCUGCACAUUUUAUUUUGUACAAUUUUUGUUACAUCUGAGACAACAGCGUUUGUAAUAUUAAGUGUCUUUAUGCAGAGAUUGAUAUUGCCGCUAUGGCUAAUAUUUAUAGUCAAUAACUGGAUGUUGUUUGUGGACAAUUUGAGCUUGACAAACGAUAAAUGAUCCUUAAAUAAAAUAGCUUACUUUCUGUUUUUUGAGUUGAAACAUCCAAGAUAAAUGAACAAUUGUUAGAGAUAAACAUUGGAGGUGAUGAGAGUAAAUCGGUUCGAUGAGAGUGGAUCAGUUCAAAGCCAGUCUUGGUGGCUAAACUGUCAAGGGAGACAACCCAUGGCAAAGCCAGUCUUGAGCAAGUAGUCUGUGAGAGGUAAUCAUUGUCCUCCCGGUUCGUUUCAAGAUGUGACAAAUGACUAACACAAGACAGAAGAUGUUUUAAUGCCUUUUUUAUCACACAGCUAGGUGAUGGUAUCAAUGGUGUAUCAUAUGUAUAUUCUGAGUACAUUAUCAACAGAUUUGUUAUCUUUUCACACGUGCCAUGGAAUUUCCUUUGUCAAUAAUGAGGAUUUUCCAUUUGCAGAAUUGCUGGAACUCUGACCUGUACCUUAUUAGUAGUUGGUUUCUCAUUAGGGAGCCAGUCACAUGCUCUCUUGCAUAUCAUUGUCUGGUAGGUUGACCAUCAGUUUUCUCUAAAUCCAUUUGCAAUCGUUUCCCUUUUUUGGCAGGCGAUACAUGUACCUGGGAAUGUAUUUGGCAGGUGAUAGAAGUAACUGUGAAUGAACUUGGUUAUAUAAUCUCAUGGUGUUGGUUAUAUAAUCUCAUGGUGUAUUUUGCUAUUUACAACACCACAGGUUGACAAGCCUGUGUACUCUGCUAUAGCACAUCUAUAGCAGGUUGUCACAUUUGAUCUGACACUGUCACCUGUCAAUCAUCAUCACCUGUCAUUUGUCCCAUUGACAUGGUUUUUUAGGUGAUGAUGGAAACAAUCAUUAUAAACUGCUCCUAUCAUGAUGGACAUAAGGAAGUAAAUACUUUUUCAUAAAACUUAAAAUUAAAAAUUCUGUUGGCACAUGCACCAUUGUCAUAUGCCAAAUAGGGAAACGAUUGCAUUUACUGUUCUAUGAAAAUGCACAAAAUCUAGUAAUUAAGAUUCUAACUCUCUACAUACUUUGUGUGGUAUAGAUAAACCAAUUCUGGCAGUGGUGAUAUGUCUGCAUAUAGGUGAUUGGCGGUUAUAGGUUUUGUUGGUUUUGUUCCUGUUUUUGCAAGGGUACUGAUAUUACCAUCAUGAUUAUUUGCAGAUUCAUUUCUGGUUGAAAGUUUACAAUAUAACCUAAUGUAUUGGCACAGAGUUGAAAGAGCUCACAUGUAUUCUACUUAAAGAGAUGUAUAUGUAAAAUCAUUUUUAAAACUGGAAAUAUUCCAAAGGCUGGACCAAUUUAUUCUAGUUUAUUUACAGAAAAGACAAUCUUUAAUUUUAGAAGUACCAAAUCUGUUACAAUGCAUAGUUUAUUUUAGAGAAUUUUUAGGAAUAUCUGACAAGAAUCAUGUAAUAAGCUUUCUUUCAGAAUUUCUUAAAUACUUUGCCAUUUAAUAAGUGAUUUUUAUUUCUAUGACAUCCGUUGGAAAAUAGGGGUUAAACUAUAUGCUCUUAUCAUGGUAC